AUGAAGGCAAAGCGCGUGCACCAAGGAUGUCGCAUCAUCAUUAUUUUGUGGUUCCUGCUAGCAUCUCUUGAGCAGAACAAUUUUGCGGAGGUGCGUCCGGAUUCACUCCAGCAGAACCUUGAAGCCCGGUUCAACGAGUAUGCUGAAGAGGGAGAUAUUGCAAACACAGAGCACUACUACACCAAGUUGCCCUACAAAAGAAGCCUGUUCAGGAGGCGAAUCAACACAUUGAUCAAGGCGUGUGCCAACGCAGGGAAUUUGACGCGUGCAGAGUACUGGCUUGGCUAUCUUCAAGAGAUGAACGUGCAGCAGAACCCUAAGGGCUUAGGCAAGAUGCUGGAGGCUGCAGGGAAGGCAGGCAAUUUGAUCAAGGCUGAGGAGUACUUUGUGAUGCUUAGUCAGCUUGUGCGCGAGCCUCCCACGGAGAUGUUUAAUUGCAUAAUCGAUGCGGCUGCAAAGAGUGCAAACAUCAACAAAGCCAUGGCAUGUAAAAAAAGGAUGCAGAUCGAAGGAGUUCAACCUGACCGAAUCACGUAUCAAGCUUUGAUCACAGCGUGCAGUAAUGCUGCAGACAGCGCUUUCGCAUUAGAACUGGUCGACGAGAUGCAUGUCACUCGAUUGGAGCCGGAUGAUGUGCUUUACAAGUCGGUGAUCAACGCCCUAGGCCGCAGUGGCCGGGCUCCAGAGGCGGAAAAGAUGUUGAGAGAUCUCUCCAUGAAAAGCCUACAACUCGACACAAUUGCGUACACCAGCGUGAUCGAUGCAUGGGCAUCAUCUGGGGUCAGUGAACAGUCCCUGAAGAUCUUUGAUGAGAUGCGACAGCAAGGUUUGCAGCCAAACCUCUUGACCUACAACGCUUUGAUCAAGGCAUUGGCAAAAAGGCCUGACAUGUCUGCAGCAGAGGAGGUUCUUGUGGAGAUGCGGACACAGGGAGUGCAGCCAAGUGUGAUUACUUACAGCACCUUAUUGGACGGUUACGCGAAGGCUGGUAAGGCAGAGGAGGCUGAGGAGUUGCUGCAGGCAAUGAAAUCACUUGUAGUGCAUCCAAAUGAAUUCAGCUACGGGGCCCUAAUUGAUUCCUGGGCUUCAAGAGGCAAUGUUGAGAAAGCUUACACCGCUUUGUCUGACAUGGCAAAGGCAAAUCUACAGCCAACGGUGAGGAGCUUCAAUCUGCUUUUGAAAGCUUGCGCCCAGAAAGGCGACCUCAGCAGAUCUACUGCCGUGUUAGAUGACAUGGUUGGCAUGAUGAUCAUCCCAGACAUUUACAGCUACAACUCAGCUUUGAAUGCAUGCGCCAAAGCAAGCAAUGCAAGCCAAGCUGAAGCAAUCCUCCAAAGCCUUCUGUCAAGUCGCGUCCAAGCUGAUGUGGUCAGCUUCAACUCUGUCAUCAAUGCCUACGCGAAGCAGGGAAAUGCUGAUGGCGCUUGCGAGAAGCUAGAGGAUAUGAUAGAAUGUGCUGUACAGCCUUCAACUAUUAGCUUCAAUUCAGCACUGGAUGCUUGUUCCAAAGCUGGACAAGCAAAGGAGGCGCAGCACAUCAUGGAGAAGAUGCAGGGGUUGCAGUUAGUACCGGAUGUUUUUUCAUUCACCUCCUUGAUCAAGGCUUAUGGCCAAUCUGAGCGGUUAUCAGAAGCGAGGUCAGUGCUGGAAGAGAUGUGGUCGAAAAAGGUUGUUCCAAACCAGUUUACCUACGCGUCUCUCAUCUAUGCCUGCAAGCGGUGCCAGGAAGACCAGAUGGCGGCGGAGCUCCAGGCGAUUGCAGACAAGGCCAAAGUGAAUCGACAGUUCACAACGAUUGCCUCCUUGGACCUCGAGCUUGCGGUACAUCCUCGUAGCGAAGCAGCAGCGGGGAACCUGGCAAACUGCAAGCUUAUGCUUUCGGUCUUGCUUGGAUCUCACUACCACACUGCCUCACAGCUUUGGGUGAGGGCGUACUUCCGGAAAGCCGCAAUCAUAGAGCAGGAGACCACCAGUGAACAAAACGAGGCCGAUGAGCAUGCCCAGUACUCCUCAGCAUUGUCCUUUUUUCAAACUGUGAAGGUCCUGAAGCCAUACUUCUGGCCCACAACUGGAAAACCUGUGGAGGUGUUCAUGAACCGCAUCCGUGCUUUGACAACGUGGAUUUGUGUGGUCCUCUCCAAGGUGUGCAACAUUAUCUCCCCCAUCUACCUCGCCCGGGCGACGAAUGCUCUUUCCUCCGCGCUGCGCGAAUCAUCUCCAGAGAUCAAUGCGGAGAUUUGGUGGCCUUUGGUCGAGUAUGCGGCCUUGGUGUUUCUUUCGCGAACCUUGAAGGAAGCACAGUCUUUGGUUUACAUCAAGGUCCAGCAAGCCGCGUAUAUUGAAAUUGCAGACAACACCUUUGCUCAUCUUCAUGGGUUGUCUUUGGACUGGCACUUGAGAAAGAAGAUGGGGAAUGUGGUUCGCUCGAUGGAUAGAGGUAUCCAGGCUGCCCAGCAGACAAUGCAGUAUGUUGUCCUUUACUUGAUUCCGACCCUUGUGGAAGCGUUGGCAGUGACUCUCAUUUUCGUGUUCCACUUUGAGAACGUGCAGCUGGCAGUCUUUGUUAUUCUAAACCUGACGGCCUACAUGUAUGCCACGAUCAAGAUCACCCUUUGGAGGAAGAAGUUCCGAACUGCAACGACAAAACAUGACAAUGACUUGCACGACCGCCUGACAGAUUCGCUGGUAAACUAUGAGACGGUCAAGUACUUCACAGCAGAGAACUACGAGCGUCGAGAGUACCGAUCCUUGGUGGAAAGCUUUCAGAAAACAUCCAUGGCUACUCAGGCGUCCUUGUCACUUCUAAACAUCCUGCAGCAGCUCAUCGUCAAUUUCACCCUUUGCGGUGGAAUGAUCUUGGCGACUCUUCGUGUCCUUGAGACAAGUGGAAACCUCGGAGAUUUCGUUGCCGUCAACACGUACAUCAUCAAUGUCUUCACACCUCUGAAUUUCCUUGGGACAAUUUACAAUAUGGUGGUGAAUGCUAUUGUCGACAUGAAAAGCUUUGGUCAGCUACUGGCAGAGACCUCUGAAGUGCAGGAUAUGCCUGGAGCACCUGACCUUGACCUAUCCGUGCGGAAUGUGGCGAUGGUGGCUUUUGAGAAAGUUUGCUUUCAUUAUAGCAAGCAACCUCUUGGAAGGGCCAUCAAGGAUGUCAGCUUCAAAAUUCCCAGAGGUGGCUCCUUGGCCUUGGUUGGGACUACCGGAGCUGGGAAGACAACAAUCACUCGAUUGCUUUUCCGCUUCUAUGACGUCGUGUCAGGACAAGUGAUGGUGAAUGGACAAGAUGUCAGGAAGAUCAAUCAACGAAGCCUCAGGGCCGCCAUCGGAAUGGUUCCGCAGGAUGUUGUUCUUUUCAACUCCACCAUCACCCACAAUCUGAAGUAUGGCAAUGUCGACAAGGCAACUGAUCAAGACAUCCAGCGAGCUGCAGUUGAUGCCCAGUUGGAUGCCUUCAUCGAUCAACAGGCGAAGGGAUACGAAACCAUUGUUGGCGAGCGGGGCCUCAAGUUGAGCGGAGGAGAAAAGCAAAGGUUGGCCAUAGCCAGGUGUUUGGUGAAGGACCCUCCGAUUGUUGUCUUGGAUGAGGCAACAUCGGCACUGGACUCCGAAACCGAGCAAAAGAUCCAGCAAGCCCUCAAUAUUCUCAGCGCCUCUCGAACUGUCAUUGCCAUUGCACAUCGGCUUAGCACCAUCAAGAAUUACGAUGAGAUUUGCGUGCUACAAAGUGGAGAGAUCGUGGAGCGGGGCAACCAUGAAGCCCUGUUGAGCUCUGGCUCCAGCUACAGUGGCAUGUGGAAAAGACAAGCAGCAGGCAUCAUGGAAGAUCCAGAGGAGACCGGUGCUGGCCUGGACAUGGGAAGCCAGGCAAAUGGUGACACGUGA